AUGUUCCAAACGCAUUUUCUCAAUUUUGUUUUUUAACUUGUGUACCCGUAAGUGAAAAAGUUCUGAUCUGAUAAGUGAUAAUGCAGAAUCGUUUUGCAAGUCGGUGUGGAUUGUUGAUGUAAUGGAUGUGGUAUCCAUCUGCUGCUGCUCAGCUCCGCUUCUGUAUUUGACCUCCCGAGAACGCAGCCUGGAUUUGUUGUAGCAGAACGUGUGGGCGGUUGCGCAUGACGGUCGAUGCCAGAAGCCCUACGUUGUUAAGCGAUCACAGUCCACCCAGAGUACCUUCCGCGCCACUGUCAGCAAGCGGGAAUCCAGCGGUCGCUCGGAUGGCAACAUCUGAAGCUGCUUCUACUAUAGGCACGGAUGCCACAACGAUGGCAGCUGCAUCGCAGCAUGCUGGAGACGACGGGAACGCCAUGAACCUAUCCGACGAAGACGAGGAGCGAGAAUUUGGCGACACACCCGGGGAUCUUCCCGCCUUCAAAAACACAUCACUGAAGCGGGGCAGGAUAAAAAAACCAAAAGUGGCUUCAAAUUUGUUUCCCGGAACUGCAGCGUCUUCCUCGUCCACCACGAGGCCCCCGGGGCCAAUUGGCGAUGGUGUCAGCGUCGGAGCGAGUUCCCCUAGUAGCGGACCCUCCGCGUCCGCGCUAAGCAACGGAGCUACACCUGCUGGGGCCGAGCCAUUCGACGUGGUGAAGGAGUUCUACAAAAACAAAAACCAGCUUGCCUACACGUCGCAAACCCUCUCUUCUAUCGUGAACAACCCAAACCGCGUGUCCAGUAACCCUUGGAAGCGCACUGAAAUCCAGGUGAAGGAUGUCUUGCGCGGCGUCACCAGCAAAAAGGGGUUCGAACGCCUGGUCGAGAUGGGCCAGUCCGGCUUUGAAAUUCCCAACUUCUACGGCGGGGAAUCAACCACGUCGACCGGGGCAGCUCCUGGAACGCCGAACGGUUCAGGCACCAGCGGUGGAAGUGCAGCAACCUCCGCCGCGGGUGUUCUUCUGCAACAAAUGA